AUGGUCCGCUCAGGUGCUGGCCUGGUCCGGCCGGAAUCAACCAGUACCGAGAGUGUCUCGAGCUUUGCCCAGUUCGCGAUGUUGUUGCGGCCACCGCAGCGAGAGCCUGCCGUCAGAGGUGCCUACCCCCCGUUCAUCCAGGUCGACAAGCACUCCAGAGGCCUCGCCCUCAUCGACCCGGGUAUGGAGAUCCUCUACAACGACUGCGACCGGUCGCUGCAGGACCUGUGGCUGGGCAAGUCGGGCGUCGACCGGGACGUGGUCGACAUGGAGACGGAACAUAUGCCCUUAACGGUUGUUCUCUGCACUAGUUAG